AUGUCAGCAGUGCGUGUGCUGCUCCCGUCAGAGCCCGCUACUCCUUCGGCCUCUGCUUCGAGACCAGCCAAGCGUCGACGCCUAGAUGGAGCUCCAAAUAACGAAAACGUCUAUGUCGAAUGUGCAGAAUGUGGCGAACAUUUCCAGUUCUUAACUGCGCUAGUCACACACAGUCAAAGCACGCGACACCGUCCGUUCGCUUGUCAAUACAAAUGCUGCGAUAAACGCUAUUCGAAGAGAGAGCAUCUAACGCGUCACGUCGAGACAGUCCACGUUCGAGGGUCGACUCAAUCACUGGAGGAACGUAAGCCAUACAAGUGCGAGCUGUGUCAGGCUAGAUUUACAUACAAUCAUGGCCUAACGAGACACAUGAAGCGCUCACAUCGGAACGUGAAUCUGCCAUUCGAAUGCAGCGAGUGUCUUAAAGGGUUCAAGAAGAAGAGUGAGCUUCAAGCUCAUUCGUACGUCCACACUGGUGUAUUGCCUUUCGAGUGUGAGGACUGUGGCGAGCGCUUUCUUAAAAGAUUCUGGUUAACACGCCACCAGAGGAAGCAUGAAGCUAAUAAAGAUGCAGAUACCCAAGUGUACGUCUGCGAUUGUGGCGAAAUAUGCUUUGAUGAAGAGGAAUUGAAGACUCACAAGCAAAACGAGCAUGGUAAUGAGGACGGAGAAGAUGCUGUGGACGAUGCUAAAGCCAAGGAGACACCAGCACAUCUGUGUCUUGUGUGCGACCAGACUUUUACUCGAAAACAGUAUCUGCGAGUACAUCUGCGCACUCAUUUCGAGUCACUGGAUGAGCGCAAACAGUAUACGUGUCCAAUGGACGGUUGCGACAAGGCUUACACGCGUAAAUCGAACUUGAUGGCGCACUAUAACGCAGUGCACGACAAACGCAAGUCAAAGCGCUUUGCGUGUCCGCGCGACGGUUGUACGGCUCGGUUCGGCUACAAGACAGUUCUGAAACAUCAUAUCGAAAGUAUCCACGAUAAUCCAAAGCCACCCAAGCGACGUGAACGGAAAUCUGCAGGAAUCCUGGAACGUGCACUCGGCGUAAAUGAAGUUGGCGAAGAAGUAAAGCGUGUCAUGGCCGCUGUUAGUGACGAAGAGAAGAAGACAGAGCAGCAAAGUGCCUGA